UAGGAACCAUCACUUAGCCGAUUUUGUUAUUUGAUGUUUUUUUUUUUAUCUUAAGUUGUUAAUUUUCUUACAAGGGCUCGCUAUGGUAUUGGGGAACUUUACAACAAGGAGCAGUGAACAUUUCUUCAAAAAAAGAGGCCAAGUGCUUUCUUCAAGUUCUCUCCCAAUUAAACUUUACUUUAAAACUAAACAAAGAGAAUUACAUAUUGUCUGGCAUUGAUCACUAUUUAGGUCUGUCUGGCAUUAAUCAAUAUUUCAGAGAAAAAGGCGAAGUAUUUUUUUUACACCACUUUUUUGGGUCCUAUGAAACAAUGUGAUUUCCUAUUUAUGUAUCAUCAUUCUCGUGGCUUUUUAUUUAUUUAUUUUUUCUUUACUGUUUCGGGAUUCUUCCAUGACCCUUCAAAUACCAACUGGUGCAUGUUUGUGCGGAACCUGUGCAAAUGUGGUGGAAACAGACAGUUCUUGGACUAUUUCCGUAUGAUAGGCAUGUUUUCAAACGCUAUUUUUGAAUCUAGAACAUUACUUUUUCUUCAUUUUUCUUAAUGUUUUCUUAUAAUAACUUGGGGGAAACAACAGUUGACGACCUCUGUACUGCUGAACAAUAUCGUGAAAAUUGACAAGACCAAGUUUUUAAUCUUUUCAAAUUUAUUCAUUCAUUUUUAAAAACAAUUUUUCGAAAAACAGCGGAACGUGAUACGUCACAGUUCGGCAAUGUUCGAUAAUUUCCGUAACACCGCCUCGUUCAACCUCGGAGGUUGUCAGGGGCAACUGUCAGGGACGCUCUCGUAGCCACAAAAGAGCUUAAACAUUUUCACAUGAACAGCUGGAAAAUUUAACAGAUAAUUUAGUGAUACAGUAUCGGCAAACCUUUUUCAAAAUUAUCCGUCCUUUCCUGUUGUUUGGAAGGCCGUCACUGAAGGCUUAGGCUAGAUUUGGAUAAUGUAUCCAAGUUAGCCGAGGUGGGGAAAUCCAAAAUGGAUGCCGCCUGGAGAGCAUUUGUCAAGCUAGCGCUCUCGAUGUAGACUUCUUCAAAACGAACACGAAGAUCACCUCUGAAGCACCGUUGGGAAGGAAAAAACGCCACCGAGGGUACACUGAGGACAUGGCGGUGUAUUUCGACCACCGUGUUGAGACCCCUGAAAACAGUGCGGAGCCCUCUCAGUUGAUGUGGCACUCGGCUCUGUCCAUACUGGCUGUGGCCUCGCGUAACUCGACCACUGGGGGAAAUGUAAACAUCUACUUGCAGCAGGGAGAGCAUGUGGAGAGCUGCCACGUUGAGCGUCCUCACCGGCCUGCAAUGCUUUGCUGGCAUCCCAUAAAGCCAGUGUUGGCUCUGGGCUGGGAGAAUGGCGAGGUGCUGCUUCUGUCGCACCCUUCCGGAGAUCAAAAUGUCCUGCCGAGCACACACGCAGCACGCAUCACACUGCUGGAAUGGAGUAGCUCGGGAAGUCGCUUGGUAACUGGGGACCAGAGUGGAGAUUUAGCUGUUUGGAAGGUGGAUGCCAGAGGGAGACUUCAAGGGAACCACCAAGUGAAGCAUGCGUAUAACUCCUUGCUCACUUGCUGCAUAUUCAAACCUUCUUCUCCUGGAGAUGACGUGAAAAUGCUGGCUCGCGCAUCUGUGAGCGGAGAUGAGAACGCUUUGGACAUGUUCAGCUGGAAGGGAGCGCCUCUCAAGAUGGGGCCGCAGGAGGGCCUUGCGUUCUACGUCAGCACUGCAGAUGGUAAGGUACACAGCGUGGACGAGCAUGGCAAAACAAGCUUGCUCCUCAGUACGAACGGCGCCAUCAAGAAAAUGUUCUACCUGGAGACCAGGGAGUCACUUACUGUGAUCACUGACACUAUGAUGCUGUCACAGUACACUCUUGGACCUGAGGGGGAUGCCCAGGAAUUCCAAAAGGUCAAACUGAGCAGUAAGAGUGGCCAAAGCGUCGACAUCGUGUGGGCCCAGAAUGGUCUCGUUAUCACAGCAACAGGGGAGCAACUCAUCAGGCUCUGGGAUCUUGAGCGAAAUGAAAACUACGCAUUGUCUCUUGACGAGACUCUGGGCUUUGAGAGGGGCGAGAUGAUCAACUGUGUUUCCUACUGUGCAGGGAAAGAAAUUCUGGCUGCUGGGACCAGUCACGGACGCAUAGCAAUGUGGAAGAUGGCGGUCCAUCUGGACCGCAGCAGAGGUGACACCAAAGCCCAGUGGAAGCUACAGACACCCACAGAAAUAGAAGGGAACGUCACUCAACUGCAGUGGGGCUCCAGUCUGAAUCUGCUGGCUGCCAACAAUUCCAACACGGUGGUGAUCUUGCACGAGCAUGUGAUGUCAGCCCACUGUAGCCAGCAGGUGGCAGCGGUGCAGUUGACGCCGACCCAGCUCAGCAUCACCCAGUUCCACACAGGACUGCACCUAGCUCUGCAGUCCGAAAUGCACAUCAAGGGGGUCUGUGUGACCAAGGAUUCUGCAACAGUUUGGAGCGGCAAACAGGUCACCGUGUUUGAGAUGUCGGGGGCAGCUCUGCACAAUAAAGGAUCAUUCCCUUGUGACUCCCACGUAGUAGCCGUACAUGGCGAGAACCUGUACACGGUGGAACCUAACAGAGUCCAGAUCCGGACACCACAGGGUACAGUGAAACAGCUCUUGACUUUCUCCAAGGCAGAAGGCAACCCAGUGCUCCUCAAUGUGUGCCAGUCUUACCUGGUGGUUGGCACAGAUACGUCGCACAUCAGAGUCUUUGACCUCACGCGAAGAGACGCUAAAGCUCACUGCAAUGCCAAGAACCUGGCUGACCUGAUUCCCAAUCUGGGUGCCCUGCGGUCGGUCAAGUGUAACGCCAAUGGCAGCCAAGUCAGCAUCUUAAUCACACAGGUUAAUGGUCGACCCGACCAGAAAGUGUACUUCUAUGACAUUGAAAUGGACACCGUGACACACUUUGACUUCUUCACUGGCAGACCAUCCAGUGGUAUCUCACAGCCUGAAGACAGCGAAAGACAGCAGUUUCAGGAGAGCGAGCUCAGCGGCCGAUGCCCUGUAUCUCACUUCUGGGACGAGAGUGAACCUCGACUCUUUGUGAGCGAGACCGUGCCGGUCAGCUCUGAAACCUCAUCCUCUGGUUACUGGGAUACGGUGGAUGUGUCAGUGGUUACCCUCUUCUGUACUCAAGAACAUGGCCUCCUCUUGCAGGACUGCUACCCCAAACCAGCAGGCCUGCAAGCCCUCCUUGCUCUUGAUGUGCCUUACUAUUAUUUCAGCUGCAAGCUAUUAUUUCGGAGGGCUGGUCUCUUUCAAUCAGAAGAGGUUUCCGCCACAUCGGCGCCUGCAAACCAGAGCCAGCCAUCACGAGGGUCUGUUGCCCUCUUCCCCCAAAUGGUCUCCAGGCGUGCACUCAGAGACUUUGAAGGCCUGGAGACCUGUGACAAGUCCACACGUGACGCCAUGCUCAACUUCAGCUUCUACCUCACCGUCGGCCACAUGGACGAAGCCUUCAAGUCCAUCAAACUCAUCAAGAGCAAAGCAGUAUGGGAAAACAUGGCACGCAUGUGUGUGAAAACCCGCCGGCUGGAUGUGGCCCGAGUGUGUCUCGGCAAUAUGGGAGAUGCCAGGGCAGCAAAAGCUCUGAAGGAGGCCGAGGCAGAGCCUGAGCCAGAGGCCCACAUAGCGGCCUUGGCCAUUCAGCUCGGCAUGUUGGAGGAUGCUGAAAAGUUGUACAAGAGCUGUCAACGCUAUGACCUUCUCAACAAUCUCUAUCAGGCGGCUGGCCAAUGUGAGAAGGCGCUAGAAAUCGCUGAGAAUCAUGAUCGCAUCCACCUCCGCACCACCUACUACAAUUAUGCCCGCUAUCUGGAAUCCAUGGGUGACAAGAGCUUGGCCCUGGCUAAUUAUGAAAAAUCCGACACCCACCGAGUGGAUGUGCCCAGGAUGCUCCAGGAUGAUCCUUUGUCUUUGGAGAUCUAUGUAAACAGAAUGAAAGACAAGAACCUCUACAAGUGGUGGGCCCAGUAUUUGGAGAGCCAGUCGGAAAUGGAUUCAGCUCUGGAAUUCUAUGAAUCGGCUCAGGAUUACCUCUCUCUAGUUCGAGUUCACUGCUACACGGGGAAUGUUGAAAAGGCAUGUGAGAUAGCCAUCGAUACGGGCGACAGGGCAGCGUCCUACCACCUGGCCCGGCAUUACGAGGGUCACGAUGACAUCAAACAAGCUGUCCACUUCUACACUCGAGCACAGGCCUACAACAACGCCAUACGACUUUGUAAAGAGAAUGGUCUGGAUGACCAGCUGAUGAACCUGGCUCUGCUCAGUAACCCGGAGGACAUGAUGGAGGCCGCCUGUUACUACGAGGAGAAAGGCGUCCACAUGGACCGAGCGGUUUCGCUCUACCACAAAGCUGGUUACGUCUCCAAAGCUCUGGAAGUGGCCUUUGCUACAGAGCAAUUCGCAGCACUUCAGAUGGUCGCUGAGGAUCUGAAUGAAAGCUCGGACCCUGCCCUCCUGGCGCGCUGCUCUGAGUUCUUCAUCCAACAUUCCCAGUAUAAAAGGGCUGUGGAGCUGCUGAUUGCAGCCAAGAAGUACCCUCAGGCUCUGGAGUUAUGUGUAAAUGAGAACCUGACCAUCACAGAGGAGCUUGCUGAGAAAAUGACCGCGACGGAUUCAAAAGACUUGUCUGAAGAGGCUCACAAGGAGCUGCUGGAGAAGAUAGCUGAAUGCUGUGUGCGUCAGGGAAACUACCACCUGGCCUCCAAGAAAUUCACACAGGCCGGAAACAAGCUCAAGGCAAUGAGGGCACUCCUCAAAUCAGGCGACACGGAAAGGAUUGUACUUUUUGCCAACGUUUGUCGUCAGAAGGAGCUUUUCAUCAUGGCCGCCAAUUACCUCCAGUCUGUAGACUGGAAAAAUCCGGAGAUCUUGAAGACUAUCAUUGCUUUUUACACAAAAGGGAGAGCACCGCACCUGCUUGCUGGCUUCUAUGAAACUCGUGCGCAGGUGGAAAUCGAUGACUAUCAGAGCUAUGCGAAAGCUCUGGAUGCUUUGAGUGAGGCGGUCAAAUGCCACUCCAAAGUGAAAAACUCAGAUGGGCAACAGGAAGCCAAAAGGGCUGAGCUUCAGCGCAAAAUCACCCUCAUUAAGAGGUUUAUCCAUGCACGCAGGUUGAAAGCAGAAGAUGGUGAGGAGGCACUGAACAUAUGUGAAGGCUUACUGCAGGAGCCCGAGCUGGAUGCUGCUGUCAGGGUCGGGGAUGUGUUUGGUUUCCUGAUCGACCAUCACUGUCAGCACGGCAACUUCAAAGCCGCCUACAGCAAGCUGGAGGAGCUCCAAAAUGUGGUACCAUCCCAAAAUAUCAGAUACUAUGUUAAACCAGCCAGCCUGGAUGCCAUGCACAAACACAUGGGCCUCACUAUGUAUUCUGGGGACCACAAAAACAAUGAGAAGGAGGAGGAUGAAGUGGAGGAGGACUUGAAUGUUCCCUAAAAUCCCAACGAUGACUCCCCCCCCACUGUUUCACUGGGUGGCGCUGUUGUCUACAUACAACAGCCAUGGUGGUGAUGCAGUUUAUUAGUAAUGUCCUCAUGGAUGAAAUAUAACCAUCAAUUUUCUAUGUCGCUUAUCCCGUUCAGGGCCACGGGACGCUGGAGCCUAUCCCAGCUGACUUCAGGGGAAAAGCGGUCUACACCCUGACCUGGUUGACAGUCAAUCGCAGGGCCUAUAUAGAGACAUUCCUACAAUAUACACACCAUCACUGAGUGGGAACUGAAUCCAUGCUGCCUGCAUCGAAGUCAGGCAAAUGUACCACUACGCCAUCAGUCACAAAAAUAUACAAUACCAGUCGAUUUGUUUGUUAGCUUGUCUUGUAUUGCUAGUUUGUGCAAGUGUGUGAAAAUAUUGAAUGAUAUUGUAUGUGCCUAAAAAUACUUUUGUGUACACAUUUUAUAUGGAAAAUGUACAAUGAAAUCCACUGUUCUCUGAGUGAAAUAUACAGCGUGAAAAUAAAUAUUUUGAUGCUUUUCUACAAAGAGGGUUUGUUGGUGUUGUGAAGAUUUGUGUUGUACUGAACCACGGCAACAUUCGGGCCAACGGAUACAAGGUGAGUCAAAUACUCUUCAGCACCUGCUGAACAAAUUGUAAAAAUGGACUCACAGGAGCCUCGGUCAUGUUCAAAUCAAGCUAAGGAUCAAAUUUAAGAGGAAAAUGUGAGUAGAGCAUUUUACAUAUAGAUAUGAUUGUUUCGGCAUGAUUAUAUUGUCUAUGUAUACUUAAUGUUGAGUUCAGUCAGUAAGAAGGUCAAAAUGCUGUCUGAUUUUGAGUUGUUAUGCAUUAUGCAGCCCCAAGACAAAAGUGAGCGACUUUCCAUUAAAGUAGACUACUCGGAGAACAGAGUGACCCAUCUGUCCACCUCCAACACAGACCUGUCCAGCAGGCUGGUUCAUAGCGAAGAGGAGACGCCGAAGGUAAACUAAUCAUUAUUUCUUUCCUGACCAGAUCUCAAAGGAGCUUGUGGAGGAGCUUCUCCGAAUAAACAACAAUAAACAUGAAAUCCCAGUUUGAAGAGGAGAAAAAAAAAAGGUGAAGCUUUACCUUCAAUUACCACUAAUGUAUUAUUGAUUGGAUUUGAACAUUUAAACAAAACGAGAGACAACGAAACAUUAAUUUUUCAUGUAAAAAAAUAAAUAAAUAAAAUAAAAUCGGUUGAUAUAGAAAUGAUAAUGAAUAAGAAGAUGAUAAUAAUUAGGGAUACGCCGAUACCAGUACUGAUUCUGAGCUCUGUGUACUCAUAUUCUGAGCAUAUUUAAAAAAAUGCUCCGAUACUACCACGCCGAUACCACUUUACCAGCCUGAUAACUUCAGAGCAGGUGGAGUAGGAUCCAUGUCAGCCGUGUGGCGAUACUUCAAGGUAAACACAGAUGACAACACUUUGUUAGCUGACUGCACAUUAUUAUCUGCAAAAGGGUUGAUGAACAGGUGACUGCGGGCCGUCCGGCUAGCACCAAGUUUCUUGAGUAUCACUUCAGUUGUCUUGUCACAGUUUUAUUUGUGGUAUUCUUAAGAAGCAGUCUUGGCUUGAGAUAUAAGAGCCUUGACUUACGAGUGUUUUGAGAUGCAAAGCGUGUUCACUGAACAAAUUAAACGUGCAUCUCGAGGCACCACUGCAUUACUUUGUACUCACUUUAUUUUGUAGUAACACAUAGGCAACUAGGUGCUCCUUUUCCAUAGUGCCCCUAGUGUUCAGACCGAGACACCAGAUAACUGAAAUGCCUUGUGUUACAGGCUACAUUUCAGUGAAAUGUAUGACUUAGAAAAACAUGCAUGUGGAAGUUAAAAUUUCAGAAAUGACAAGUUGUUACUCUACAAAGUGUUACAAUUCAGUGAAAUGUUCAGGAAAGGUUUUUGUUGUACUGAGGAAUAUUUGAUUCAAAUGAAACACAUUUUCAUCAGAAUUGUAAUGGCAUUAUCAUGUAAUACUUGGUAUCGGUGAAUACGCAAAUGUAACUACUUGUACAUGUAUUUGGCCUGAAAAAAUGUAGUAUCUGUGCAUCCCUAACUUUUUGUUAGUAGUGUAUGUGCCUUAGCUCAAUAAAGGUUGGAAUACACUGA